AAUGGUCCAACACUUCCUUUCCCACUUGCACCUUCCCCCCCACUUAUUCAAACUUGGAAUGCCUAUUCCAAAUCUCCACCCACUAUAUAAACAACUCCAUCCCCUGUUUCCUUCUUCUCCAUCACUUCCUCUGCAAACCAAAAUCAAAAGCAAACCCACAUUCCUCUGUCCUGUCAUCCGUUUUGACAUCUGCAAUCCACAGUCCAACAAGCAACAACAAUGGUGCUCUCCAAGAUCUCCUCCCAAUCCGAUGUCUCCGUCCACUCCACAUUCGCCUCCCGCUACGUCCGCGAGUCCCUCCCGCGCUACCGGAUGCCGGACAACUCCAUCCCCAAGGAGGCCGCCUUCCAGAUCAUCAACGACGAGCUCAUGCUCGACGGCCGCCCCCGCCUCAACCUCGCCUCCUUCGUCACCACCUGGAUGGAGCCCGAGUGCGACAAGCUCAUCAUGGACGCACUCAACAAGAACUACGUCGACAUGGACGAGUACCCUGUCACCACCGAGCUCCAGAACCGCUGCGUCAACAUGAUCGCCCACCUCUUCAACGCCCCACUCGGCGAAUCCGAGGCCGCCGUCGGCGUCGGCACCGUCGGAUCCUCCGAGGCCAUCAUGCUCGCCGGCUUGGCCUUCAAGCGCAAGUGGCAGAACAAGCGCAGGGCCCUCGGCCUCCCCUGCGACAAGCCCAACAUCGUCACCGGCGCCAAUGUUCAGGUGUGCUGGGAGAAAUUCGCUCGGUACUUCGAGGUGGAGCUGAAGGAAGUGAAGCUGACGGAAGGCUACUACGUCAUGGAUCCGGAAAAGGCGGUGGAGAUGGUGGACGAGAACACGAUCUGCGUCGCCGCGAUCCUCGGGUCAACGCUCAACGGCGAGUUCGAGGACGUGAAGAAGCUCAACGACUUGUUGACAGAGAAAAACAGAGUGACCGGUUGGGACACGCCGAUCCACGUCGACGCGGCGAGCGGCGGGUUCAUCGCCCCCUUCCUGUGGCCGGAGCUGGAAUGGGACUUCCGCCUCCCGCUCGUCAAAUCGAUCAACGUCAGCGGGCACAAGUACGGCCUCGUCUACGCCGGCGUCGGGUGGGCGAUCUGGCGGAGCAAGGACGAUUUGCCCGACGAAUUGAUCUUCCACAUCAAUUACUUGGGAGCCGAUCAGCCGACUUUCACCCUCAAUUUCUCCAAGGGUUCGAGCCAGAUCAUCGCGCAGUACUACCAAUUGAUCCGAUUGGGGCACGAGGGGUACCGAAACGUGAUGGAGAAUUGCCACGAGAACGCCAUGUUUCUCAGGGAAGGGCUGGAGAGGACGGGACGUUUCGAGAUCGUUUCGAAGGAAAUUGGGGUUCCACUUGUGGCGUUCUCGCUGAAGGACAACAGCCGGCACGACGAGUUCGAGAUCGCGGAGAUGUUGAGGAGCUACGGGUGGAUUGUGCCGGCGUACACGAUGCCGGCGGACGCGCAGCAUAUUACGGUGCUUAGGGUUGUGAUUAGGGAGGAUUUCUCGAGGACUCUGGCGGAGAGGCUGGUGCUGGAUGUGACGAAGGUGCUUCACGAGCUGGAUAAUCUGCCGGUGAGGCUUCACGCGAAGAGUACUGCCGUGGUGGAGGAGGCGGCUGCGGCUGUUGUUGUUGCCGCCGGUGAGGUUCAUCCAUUCCUCAUGUUCUGCGGCUUCAUCUUCCUCGUUGGUCAAGCAAUGAUGGCAUACAAAACCGUGCCGGCAGCCAAACAAGCACAAAAGGUAGUACACAUGGUGUUACACUUAAUCGGCAUAGCUCUCGGCAUCGUCGGAAUAGCCGCCGUGUUCAGAUUCCACGACAUGAUAGGCGCUGAAGACAUGUUCAGCCUCCACUCAUGGAUUGGGCUCACAACCUUCAUCAUGUUGGGCCUCCAAUGGCUGUUGGGCUUGGUCACCUACAUGUUCCCCAAGGCAAGCCUGGAGACGAGGUCCAGAAUGAUGCCGUGGCACAUAAGUUUCGGCAGGGCGCUUCUGUAUAUGGCCGUUGCGGCGGCGCUCACGGGGCUCAUGCAGCGAGAAACGCUUCUCAACCUCCGUGGACACGCCGAGGCCCGGCUCAUCAACUUUACCGGGCUUUGUAUCUUGCUCUUUGGAAUUUUUGUCGAUCUCUCUGUGGCCAUGGCUCACCAUGCCUGACCGGCCGGCGAGUGUUUCCGGCGGGCAGUUUGUUUGUUUGUUUUCAUGGAGUUUUCGACCCAAAUUGAAUGUGUGUGUGAGGAUGAUUUUUCACCUUGUCUGAGUUGAUUUUCUCGGAAUUUGAAUAUGUACUGACUUGGAUUUUAUGUAUUGGUUGGACCUAAUUUUUAUUCUGAGUCCUUCACCUAAGAUAUUGGUGAUUUACUAUGUUUUAUUUGAGCACACAUCCAAUGGUAUAUUUUCUAUGAU